AUGAGUUGGCAUGGAUACACCAUAUAUACUACCGAGGAGAGGAAUAUUACAUGGGCCAGAAAGAUGAUGGAAGAAUCAAAGUGGCACGAACUCCCAGUUGAAGUCCUAGAGUUGAUCAUGAACAAGAUUGCUUCCAUGGACAUCCUCCGUUUCGAAGCAGUUUGUUCUUCUUGGAAAUUAGCAGCAAAAUCUUACGUUGCUUCCCCAUAUUACAAUCCUUUGCCUCAAACUCCAUGGCUCAUGCUUCGUAAUAAUCAAGAAGAUAAAAAAAGUUGGCGAUUCUUUAGCCUUGAGGAGAAAAGGGUUUACACCAUCAAGAACGUGUUCGAAGGCUUCCAAGAUGAUUGGUGCGUGGGUUCUUCCCAUGGGUGGCUGCUGAUUAUGGACAGUAAAGCUGUCUUUAAUCUUGUGAAUCCGAUUGCAAGAGCUACCAUUGGACUCCCAGACAUUCAGACUCUUCCUGAAUUCACCACAAACUUUUCUGGAGAUCAUAUUUUUAAAACUGCUGUUUCGUUGGACCCGUCUCGCAACAAAAACUUUGUCAUGGCACUGUUAGCUACACGACCAUCAAGACUUGCCUUCUACAAACAUGAAGAUAAAACAUGGAAAAGCUUGGAACUGGGUAAAGUCUAUGAGGAUAUUAUAUUCCACCAUGGACAACUCUAUGCAUUGCGUUGGAACGGGGAAGUUGCAGUUUGGGACUUCAAGAAACCACUUCCUGUGAAAACCACGUACCUUCAAAACUCUGCAUAUGUAGGCUCGAUUAGGGCUAGUUAUUUGGUGGAGUCAUUAGGUGACAUUUUGCAAGUGCAGCGGAUUUUACAAAAGGACAUGUUUGGUGAUUCCUACAUAACAUCGCACUUUCGGGUGUUUAGGAUGAAUAUAACUACUGCAAACUGGGAGAGAUUGGAAAGCUUGGGUGAGCGGAUUUUAUUUUGGGGUCGACAUGGAUCGAUAACAUCAUCAGCUUUGGAUUUUACAGAAUUGAAUGAAAACUCGAUAUAUCAUUAUGAUAACGGAACUAGUCAUAAUGUUGGAGCAUACAGCCUAACACAAAAAAAUAUGGAGCCAGUUUACAAAUUUGAGAAGUGGAGAACUGAUCGAGUACCCUUCUGGAUUGUUCCCGAUCUUUGUUUAAGUUACAGUCCAUAG